AUGAGCAAACGCGCCUCGAGGUCCAAGAACCGCGGCUCUGUACCACGCAAGAGCUCCACCGACUCGCUGCGAAAGGAGAGCAACAACGGACAUGCGAACACCAGCGCGACCAUGAACGGCGUUAUUCUCGAACAUCGCCGCAAGCAUGCGAGCAUCGACGGCACUUCGCCCUCCAGCCAGGCAGCGAGCCUCAUGAGCAGCCACUCCUUCACCCUCGACGACGACGUACCGCCAUUGGACGCUGAGGAGGGCCCCUCGAAAGGCUUCUUUGAGCUGUCGAAAAAGGACCAGCGCAACUUCCUACUCCUCGUGCUGCUCUACUUCCUCCAGGGCAUUCCCAUGGGUUUGGCGCACGGCUCAGUCCCAUUUCUGCUGAAGAACGUCGUCUCGUAUUCGGCCAUUGGCGUCUUCUCGCUGGCCGCAUAUCCCUACUCGUUGAAGCUUCUUUGGAGUCCGAUUGUGGAUGCUGUCUGGUCCCCUAACGUUGGCCGAAGAAAGAGCUGGAUCUUGCCCAUCCAGACCAUCUCUGGUUUCUCGAUGAUCUGGUUAGGAAAGAACAUCAACAGGCUCAUGACGGAGGCUGGCGAGUCAGACGGUCGUGUAUGGACAUUCACAUGGUGGUGGUUUGCCCUCGUCUUUCUCUGCGCAACGCAGGACAUUGCCGUAGAUGGCUGGGCCCUCACACUUCUGUCCAAAGAGAAUCUCGCAUACGCCUCGACCGCCCAAACCGUCGGCCUUACAGCCGGCCAAUUCCUUUCGUACACCGUCUUCCUCGCCUUCAACUCGAAAGACUUCGCAAACAAAUGGUUCCGCCCUGCCGGCGCACCCGCCGAAACUGGUCUGCUCGAACUCGACGGCUACCUCACAUUCUGGGGCUGGGCGUACCUCCUCGUAACCCUCGGCCUGGCGCUCAUGAAGCGCGAAGACCGCGACCGCAACACCGAUGGCAUCAAGGAUGUCUACAAAACAAUGUGGGGCAUCUUGAAGCUCAAGAACAUCCAGUCCUUCAUCAUCAUCCACCUGAUCGCCAAAAUCGGCUUCCAGGCCAACGAUGCGGUCACUAGCUUGAAACUCCUCGACAAGGGCCUCAAGCAGGAAGAACUCUCCCUCGUCAUUCUCGUCGACUUCCCUGUGGAGGUGUUCCUGGGCUACUACAUUGGCAAAUGGUGCCAGACAUAUCCGCCCAUGCAUAUUUGGUGCUGGUCUUUUGUCGGCCGCCUGGUCGCAGCAGGAUUUGCGCAGUUCGUGGUAUCCGUUUUCCCCGCCGACGGCGCAACAGGCGGAUUCCUACUCCUCGUUAUCGCGGAACACGUCCUCUCCACAUUUAUGAACACGGUCAUGUUCGUGGCCGUCAGCGCUUUCCAUGCAAAGAUCUCUGAUCCGGUAAUCGGCGGUACUUACAUGACGCUGCUCGCUACCGUUUCAAACCUCGGCGGCACAUUCCCGCGCUUCUUCAUCCUCAAAGCCGUCGACAUGUUCACCUCCGCUACCUGCUCUCCCCCUUCCACCCCCCCUAAAACCGAACUGCUCAAAGGCCCGCUCGUCACGCAGCCAUUCUCGUGUGCUCUAGAAGGCGACAAGCACCGCUGCAUCAACGGCGGCGGAGUCUGCAAUGUCACAACCGACGGGUACUAUAUUGUAAACAUACUGUGUAUCAUCGUUGGCGUUGUCACGUUCUGGGGGUACAUCAAGCCCGCUGUUAUGCGAAUACAGGCGCUGCCCUUGAGGGCGUGGAGGUUGGCUGCGUAG